AUGACAAAGAUUUCACCGAGACUCGUCAUUGCAGAUUGGGACGAAACAUUGACUGAAAAAGAUACUAUUUCAGUAUUAGCACAAGCACCUUCGACCAGCAUUAAGCCAUUUACUCAUUAUGGAGAAAUAUACGGCGAUGUGUAUACUACAUAUACAAAACAGUUUGGACCCUGCAAGACCUUGGAAGACCAUAUUGCUUUUCAAAAGGGUAUGCGUCCCAUUGAGAUGAGCUCCAUCGAUGCUUUGGAGGCAGAUAGGUAUUUUGCUGGUAUUUCCAAAAGUGACAUUGAACAAGCAGCAGAGAAAGUAAAGUUGAGACCAGGUGCUGUUGAAUUUUUGAAGCAUUGCCAAAGUGCAAAGUUAAAAGUGGUUAUCCUUAGUGUUAAUUGGAGUAGAAUUUUUAUUGGUGCAACAUUGCGACGGUAUGGUAUUCCCGUAGCGGAUGGUUUUGAAAGUACCAAAAGUCAAUGGAAUGUAAAAAUCAUUGCUAAUGAGUUUGAGUUUCAUAACGGUAUCACCACGGGCAUUUGGCAAACACCUGAUAUACGCACAUCAGAAGACAAGCUACGUUACGUUGAAGAACUUAAACAGUCCCUUACUUCGUCUGUGCCUGAUAAACUGCAUCUACACAUGCAAGUACAAGAGACAAUAAACAUUGAAAAUCUUGAGGAUGCUGACAAUGCAGAUGCUUUAGGAAUAGAGGGCGGUUCAGAAAAUGUGAUGUACAUUGGUGACUCGGCAACUGACUUAUUCCCGUUAGUUGCGGUGUCAUACCCCGUAGCAAUGCAGGGUAGUAAAAUUGAUAAGUUAUUGGAUGACUUUGGUGUUGAACAUUACUCCGGUUCAUGGAAUGAUAUUGAGAGCCUCAUUGAUUGGAAAGCUAAUGAUUAA